AAGAGGUGGAGUUUGAGUCAUUAUCAGCUAACCUCGCAUGCUAGCGCUAGCUAACGGCACUCAACCAGACAGAGGAUACCAAGACUGUGCACUGUACGGCCGAGGAUAAAGCUGCUCAAGACACACAGUGCCAAUGGAGAGGGUGUUGACUGGUCUUCUCUUGUUAGUCUCCACUCACUGUCUCUUGGUGGAGGCUCAAGCUGAUGGGAUUAGCUUCAGUCUGAAGGGAGAGAGCUACUCACACAAUGACCUGGUCAAUAUGGAGGAUAUAGGGGCUGGUGAUAAUGGCCUCAUAGCCGCCACCACACACAGGCCUUGCUGUACUAGCGGUGACUGGUUCUUGCCUGGAGCAAGCACAGCACUCAGCUCAGAGGUGGCUGAGAGCUUCUAUCAGAGCAGGAGUGCGAAUGGAGAGCUGGUAUUGAAUAGAGGGGACUUUGUACCUACUACAGCAGGUCUGUUCAGAGUCAACAUCCCCAACUCUAGUGGUGUCCUCACUGAUGUCUAUAUUGGCCUCUACACGGACACUGGAGGAGAGCCCACUGUGACUAGCCUCACAUACGACGCCCCCACACUCACCUGUUUGUCCAGUGGGGGGCCGGCCACUACUGUCGUGUGGCGUAGGAACUGCUCCCCCCUCACAAUAGGCACACCCUCACAGAGCGUUACAGGCAGUGUUGCGGGGGCGUACACCUCCACCCUCACACUUCCCACACCAGUUGAGGACGGUGUCUACAGUUGUACAGUGGAGAACAGACGAGGGAGAUCCAGUAGCACAGUCACUGUCGGAGAUGAUGUUACCUUUGAUGUCACCAUCACUCCUAGUGAAGCCACACCCAUUGCUGGUCGACCUUUGACCCUCACUUGUAGCCACAAUAGUGGUGAUGACCCCACCUCUGUCAGCUUCCAAUGGUUGGACACACAGGGAACAUCUGUCAGUGAUACCGCCACCCUGACCUUUGAAACGCUGAGAGAAAGUCAGCGAGAGUACUAUUGUGUGGUUACCGUGGGAACUGAAGUCGGCUGUGGCGAGUAUUAUAGCAAUGUACAAGUUCCUGUGUUUGGUGUUGAUAUCGCUGAUGUAUCUGGAACUGUUGGCAUGGCAACAACGCUCAGCUGUACCCUAUCCGACGCCUCUGUUACCAUGGCAAUGUAUCACUUCUUCAAGGGGGGUGUUUCCGUGGGUACUAGCUCCACCCACAUGUAUAUCAUCCCCAUGGCUCGGGUGUCUGAUGCUGGGAAUGACUACACAUGUCAGGUGGUCAUAUCUCUUGACUACUUGGACCUCUCCAGUCCACUCACUCUGAGCAGCAACCAACCAGCCACCGUGUCACUGACAAUACCGGCCCCCAGUAUGACCAUCACUGUGACCCCCUCUACUCCCUACACUAGCGUGGAUGCCAGUUUUAUCUGUGCUGCUACUACAGGGAACAUACCUGGUGUUGACGCUACCAUUGUAUUACUAAGAGUGGAGAAUGGUGUAGAAUCAGAGGUGGUCAACACAACAAGGAUCACAGCUGGUCCAAUCAUGAAUACCUUGAAUGUCUUCUUCGUACGAUCGUACUCCUACUCUCCUGCUAGUAGGAUGGCAGACUCUGGUAGCUAUGUGUGUAAGGGGACAAUCACUCCUGAAGAUACUGGACUGAGGCCAUUCAUCACUGAUGGUACUAGCAGGUCCACAGUGACAGCCAUUGACAUUGUUGAUCCAAUACUGGACAUUGAUGUAACCAUGGUAACUGGUCGUAUACUAGACAUUCCUCCAUACAACACCUACGCUAUCACUUGCAUGGCUUCAUCAAGGGUUCAAAGUACACCCACAGCAAUCACCAAGACAAUACAGUGGAGCGUGUCCUUCAACGAUGGAGCUGUUACCAUGGUAGCAGAGGGGGUGAUGACUAAUGACCUCGCCAUGGCAACUAGUUCCAGCGUCCUGAGUAUAACGACGAGUGUGUCUGGAGUGUAUGAAUACAGGUGUGGUAGCCAACUAGAGCUGGUGGGUGUGGCUGACAGUGUGGAGGGGGCGGGCACAUCAAGUGUCACUGUGUAUGGCUCUUCUCUUCCCACCACGCCCACGUCACUGACUCUACUCAGUGUGAACCAUGAGUCGGCCAUCUUUCAGUGGACGGUGAUGACUGUUGUCUAUGACAACGAGAGUUACAUAGUGAUGUAUGGCCUGAACUCUAAUGACCUCAUCAACAGCAGUGCCACUCUGCCUGGCUCCAGUGACAUCAGCCUCACCAAUAUUGUGUACAGUGUGUUUGUGGGGGGUCUACAAGUGAAGACUAGAUAUUAUUAUCGUGUGGUGUCCACCAACUCAGCAGGCAGUACCCAAUCAGAGCUGGCCACCUUCAACACCACUGGUGUUGGUCCUAGUGCUCCCCUCUCCCUGAGCUACAUGAUGACCACACCCACUAACCACACCUUCUCAUGGCUUUCUCCUAAUGAUACUGACAUUGCUGUGAACCAGUACACACUCACCUGCCAGGGAACACUCAGGAUUGGGGACUCUCUGGAUACUAUCGUCAUAGUAACUGUCAUGACCAGUGUGACCUCUGACCUUGUCCCAUGGGCCAACUACACGUGCUUCGUGGUUGCUAGUAACAACGAUGGCUCCUCCCCCAAUAGCAACGAGAUCAGUUUCAUCACUCCUGAAACAGCUCCUAGUGGACCUCCUGGUAAAUUUUUAGCUGGCUUGGAUCCUACCAGAGGGAUGAUACCAUUCACCUGGACACCACUACCUCCAAACCAAAGGAAUGGAUUCAUCAUUGCAUACUCUCUGGAGUGUAAUGCAAGCUCAGCAGAUACCGUUGUCAUGGUGUUCCCGCCACAUCCUAGCAACCAGUACACGGCUCUCAGCUACUCUGCCCUCACUGCUUACACUUGCAGUGUCCGAGCUAGGAACAGCAAGGGGGAGGGGCCACCAGCCACACUAGACGUUACCACAGGAGAAGACGUUCCGGGAGCUCCUCCGAUGUCAUUCACUGCCACCGUUCGUACUAACGGGACGGUGCUCUUUAAUUGGACUCCACCUCCCUUGGCGCAACAAAAUGGCGACCUCACUGACUACACUUUGACCUGUGCCCCGGUCCUUUCCUUCAAUUAUGGCCCUGAAGAGGUGGGCGGGAUUGGUGAGGGGUUUUCCCCUGCCACACGCUACACGUGUACGCUCGUUGCCAGCACGGCAAUCGGAGAUGGUCCAUCAGCCGGCGUAACCAUAGUAACAUUUCCAUCAGUACCAACUGUGAGUGUCAUCACUCUAUCAAGUACUCAGCUGAGGGUCAACUGGACCACACCUCUUAAUGCGCUCAUCGCAGAGCAUAUUAUAUAUCUGGAUGGGGCGGAGUUUGGCCGGUCCCAGGGGUCAGAGUUCAUUAUCAGUGGUCUGCGGCCAUACACAGAGUACAGUGUUGGGGUCAGUGCUAGUAACGAGGCAGGAGAGGGGUCAGUCAGUGAGGGACAGUCUGUCAGGACACUAGAGGACUUGCCCGGGCGUGUGGAGUGUGCCCCUCGCUGGAUGACUAGCUCCUCCACUUCUGUCACUGUACGCUGGGCCCCGCCCACUCAGGAGAAUGGCAUCACACUCGCCUACCACAUCCGAUUGGUCCGUUAUGGCAGCUCUGACUCCGCCCCCCUGGCCGAGGCUAACGUAACUAGCUCUGAUAGAGAGGUGACACUGACCCCCAGUGAUGUCUUGGUGGAGGGUGUGCCCUACACUGUCCAGGUGGUGGCUGAGAAUAUCAUCGGACGUGGUACUGAGGUCUGCCAGUCCAUUGACUUCAUCGCUCAGCUUGAGCCCCCGCCCCCCUCUGGCCUGGGGGUCUCACGUACUGCUGAUACUCUAACACUAUCCUGGGAUAUACCUACUCUACUAGAGGCUAGAGGCUACGUUAGCUACACAGUGACCUUUGGACCCAGCGUGGGGUCACGCAGGAGGCGACAGACACCUGAUGAAUGUAGCGUGUCACUAUGUAAUGUUCCCGUGGAGAGAGGGGGUGUGGUCAUCAGCGACCUGGACCCUGGAACGAACUAUGACCUCACAGUUACACCAUCCAAUGAGAACGGCAUUACUGGAGUGGCUGCCACGGCAACAGCUCCAAGUGUGAGCUCCUCCCCGGUGAGUAUAGGGCUGAUAGCUGGUGCCGCUGGAGGGGGAGUGGCUAUCAUCAUUAUACUCAUCAUUCUCAUUAUAAUCGUCUGUUGUUGUAUGAGAAUGAAGACUAAUAAACGUGGCUUCCGUCCUGAGUCAGUUGCAUUGGAUGACAUGCUCCCAGAGGAGAGUAGGUACACUGCCAACCCCACCUCCUCCUCAUCAUCAGGGACCACCUCACCACGCAGGGAGUUCACCUCUCCACUGCACAUGUCCGUCAAGGACUUCCUAGAGCCUGUGGAACUGGAGGACUUCAGUGAAUUUGUGGAUCACAUGCACCAAAACAGGAAGAAAGGAUUUGAGAGAGCGUUCCUGUCGUUGCCUAGCAGCAAGCUACAGUCCAGUGCUGUGGCUGAGAGAAUGCCAAAGAAAAAUAGAUUCCAAAAUAUACACCCUUAUGAUGAUACACGUGUCAAGCUGCAGCUGAUACCUGGAGAGCCAGACUCCCACUAUAUCAAUGCCUCCUUCAUUGACGGCUAUAACAAGCCUGGCCUGUACAUCGCAGCACAGGGACCACUACCACACACAGUCGAUGACUUCUGGCGUAUGAUCUGGGAAUACAAGUUAGAGCAUAUUGUCAUGCUCACCAAAUGCAAGGAAGGAGGCAAGACUAAGUGUACUCAGUAUUGGCCUUCAGAGGUCAACGGUGAAUACAUCACUCCCUCCAACAGCCUCUCCAUUGUCUGUCAUGAACACACACCAUACGCUGACUAUGAGAUAAGGAAGUUCUUUAUUACUGACUUGAGCAAGCCCGACGACCCAGGCUUGGUUGUCAACCACUACCUGUUCACCAGCUGGCCUGAUCACGGUGUACCAGAGUAUGCCACUGCUCUGAUUGGCUUCAUCAAACGUGUGCGUGCUCGCUUCAACCCAGAGAAGGCCCCCCUCCUGGUGCACUGUAGUGCCGGGGUGGGUCGUACUGGCACCUUUAUAGUCAUGGAUACAAUGCUGGAGAGGAUCAAGAAACAGAGCUCUGUCAAUGUCUACCAGACACUACAGGACAUCCGCUUGAAGAGGGCUAAGAUGGUUCAGACUCAGGAUCAGUUUGUGUUCAUCCACGAUGCUCUGAAUGACCUGAUACGCUGUGGUGAUACUGAGAUCCCCUCCAUUGAUAUCCGCACUCGUGUGGGCGGCCUACACAAGAUCAGAGCCGGGGGAGACCAUAUCUCAGAGUUCAACUACCAGUUUCAGCUGCUGAAUCAGGUGAGCCCCGAAGGACAGCCACUCAAUGAAGCAUUGCAGCAUUACAACAUUCACAAGAAUAGAUACCAGGACAAGGUUCCGAAUUCCAACUCGUGUGUAUACCUCAGCCACACUGAAAUAGCUGGAGGAGAAUAUAUCAAUGCCAGCUUCAUCAAUGGCUACAAGCAUCCCAAGGCGUACAUUGCCACCCAGGCUCCACUGGACACCACAGUGGAGGACUUCUGGCGCAUGAUCUGGGAGUUCCAGAGUCGUGCUAUAGUGAUGCUCUGUGACAUCGAGGAGGAGAAGGAGGAGAAGAGCUACCAGUGGUGGCCUCGUGAGGUGGACAAGCCUGUGUCCGUGAGUUCACUGCUAGUGACACUGGUAUCACAGGAGCAGCUGGCGGAGGGGCUAGUGCGCUGGAACCUCACAGUCGCAGGGGAGAAGGGUGGAUCUCCCGGACACACAAAGUUAUCCAUCUCUCUCUUCCACUACACCGAUUGGUCGGAGAAUGAUAGACCACUCAACACCGAGGCCACCCUCAAAAUGGUGGAUGAGGUCAACAGGGUUCAGAGGUCAACCAACAACAAACCCAUCACGGUCAUGUGCAAUGAUGGUAUGGGUAGGACUGGAGCAUUCAUCUGUAUCCAUGCUCAACUAGAGAGGCUGAAAACUGAAGGAGUGAUGGACGUGUUCCAGUUUGCCAAGUCAGCACGAUUCCACCGAAGCAGCCUCAUCAUAGAGAUGGAGCACUAUAUAUUCUGUCACGAUGUUCUGGCGGACUAUGUGGACACGCUGAGUGAGGUCAGUGGCUACUCCAACUUCUAGUGCAGGAACUGAACUUUGUUAUUAUAGUCAUUAAUUUUGUAUUCACAUGCUCUUUGUUGCCUCCACUCAUGACGCAGCUAUCACGAGCUGAUCAUGUGCAGAGAUAUUUAAUUUACACUUUAAUAUUUGUACAGAACAGUCUAGGAGAACAAUUGUUGUGUAAUAUUGUAUAUCAUUUGUAAGCACGCUUUGUGUAUGAUUAUGUUGAACAAGAUUUCACGCUGGUACCAUCGUUGUUGAAGAAUUAAAGAUUUAAUAUUAA